GGUGGGGACAAUGGAGGGGGUGGCAGAGUAGGAGCCGGCACCCGGGAGGAGACACGGGGACAGAGGACAGGGGUUGGAGGCAGCUCAGCCAUGGGGCAGUGGCAUCAGCCUCUGGGCAACGUGCCCACAGCCCCCAGCAGGAGGAGGGAGACACCAGGCUGACGGGCAGGGGGUCCCCGAGGCUCCCGGGGGUCUGCCCGCCUGGGGCGUCCGAGGGCAGCGAGGGGAGGAGGGAGCUGGAGUCCUGCCCCCUGCGCUCUGAGCGCCGGAAGGAGGAUGAGCCCCCGGUAAGGAGGGCGGACACGGGAAAGGACCUGGUUUCCUCCUAAAUAAAUUGGGGUGCUUGGAGCAGGGGCCCCAAGGAUUCCACAGGCUCAGAGAAGUGUCUUUGGUCUUGUUUGUCCAUUGAUGACCUGCUGUGCUCUGAGAUAUUCUGGGUUGCAAGGUCUCCCAGUGGAGCAAAGAGGGGGUCACAGGGGAAUUCCGAGGCCCCCCACAUCACCCAAGGGCCUCCAGCUCCUGCUCCUUUGCCUCAGGGAUGGAGAGCUGCUGCCCCGAUGCCUCACACCAAGGUGUGGGCUGUGUUGGGGUUGCUUUCCCUGCCUGGGGCUGCAGUGCUAGCGCCGGUCACCAGGGGCGGCAACUUCAUCUUCCAGCUGUGCAGAGGAGUUUUGUGGAGCCACAGGAGCCAGGGAAGGGUCUCCCAGGGGUCUUUCAGGCCAUCCCCCUGCCUCAGACUUGCACCUCUUGUUAUUAGCACCCAGUUCCACGAUCUGAGCCGGUCAGAGGCGUGUGGGGCCGGUUAUGCUCUCAUUUGUUCCCGCAGUGUCGGGGCCCCAAGCCCUCUCCUGUGCCCGGUGGCAGGUUAGGCCCUGGCUGCAGCGCUCAGAACCACAGCAUGAUCCCAGCCCCCAGGAGCUCAUAGCCCGGAGGGGGACAGGUUCUGAGGCCCAGGACUGCGGGAAAGGCUUGGCUGGGGCUGCGGCCUCAAGGUCCCCCCAGGCUGGGCUGUGACUUCAAUGGCCGCUCGACUGGGGAGGAUCUGCUCCCGUCCACCCCGGGGCUACGGCAGGACCCAGUGUGGACGGAGGCCCUGAGCUCCUUCCUGCCGCCCGGACCCUCCCUGGGCCUUUGCCACAUGGGCCUCGGCAGAGAGGAAACUGCAGCUUGGCAGCUUGAUCCCAAGAGUGACAUUGCAUCGGUCCCUUCACUUCCGCCAUAUUCUAUUAUCUGGAAGUGAAUUGCUCGGUCAGUGCACACCCAAGGGGCAUGGAUUCCACAAGGACGCGCACCCCAGGGGGAAGGGAGCCUGGGGAGGCCCUUGGAGCAGCCCAGCACGGUGGCUAAGGAGAGGCCCUCGGACCUGACUGUCAAUGGAAUGGGGAGCCCUGGAGGGCUGACACCCGAGGGUGACAGCGUCUGGUUUACAUGGAAUCUCAAGCCCCUCCUGGUGUGGACUGAGGAAUGAAGCCUGGGAGGGUCAUGACUUUCCCCGGAUCACACCCCACGGCUCAGCCCUGAUGUGAGAGACGGCCCCGACAGCUCAUUCGAGCACAGACACUGGAGAGGAGAAGAUGUUCUCGUGCUGCCUCCCGCUGUCUCGAGGCCGGAGACCCCAGAAAGGCCAGGGCGAGGGUCUCAUCUCCCGCUGCAGGCGCUGGCUCAGCCCUCGCCCUGGCAGGAUCUGGCCGUUCAGGCAAAGGAGGACAAAGAGCUCCAGAGAAGAGACCUGCAGGGAGCUGGAUGACGGGGAGUACGACACCCCAGCCGUGGUCACGGGGCCAGAGGGCCACACCCCCAACAGGGGCCAGAGCAGGAUGGAGUAUGAUAACGGGACGGCCGGGGUUGUAGAGGACACUGGCCUGGAGCCGACCAUCAGCAGGGCCAGCAGGUAUGAAGAGCCAGGCCAGUGCCUGGUGCCCGCCCUCCAGGCCAGGGAGUGCCCCUCCACCCUCCAGCGGGUGACGGGUCAGCUGGUCACCAGGCGGGGACUCCUGUACCAACACGUCGAGUGUGUCCACCGCCGGGACCAGCUGGACAUCGCCAUUGUCUCCAUCUGUGUCCUCUGGAGGGACCAGGCCGCGGGGAACUUCCCUCAGCCCCCGCCGUCCCCUGGCCUCGAGGUGCUGGUGGGCUACAGGAGAGACACCAUCCGAUGGAAGCUGCUGCACUGGGCCCAUCUCUCCUGUGCCCACCUGGAGUCCACAGAGGCUGCGCCAGAGGCUCUGGCCCCACCUGCUCCACCAGCUCAACCUCUAGUUCUGCCACCUGCACCAGAGCAAGCAAGAUCUGUAGAGCUGGAGCCCCCUCCAGGGUGUGCCCAAGCUCUGGAGCUGGGUCCAGGUGCACGGUCAGCUCGGGAGACAAUUGUAGAGGUGGCACCGAUGCCGUCAGCAGCUGUGAAUCUGGAGGCAGCUGCAGAGCUGGAGCCCGUGACAAGUCCACGGCCAGCACCUGCCCUGGAUGCAUGGCCAGUCCCCGCUCGGGCAGGGAGCCCUCGCUCAGGGAGAGCGUCUCCAUCCCAGCACGUGGCAGCCGGUGGGCCCAAGCCUGACCUCUCUCCUGAGAGGGUGUUGUUUAUCUUUAUGUUUGCUUUUUUCUUUAUGUUUUAUUCACCCCCAUUCUCGCCUCCUCCGGGCCCGGGAGCCCCGGAUCUGCCCCUGUCUCGUGUGUCCCUGUGCCCCCGGCCCGGUGCUGAGCGCAUGGAGGGGCUUAGGUCCUGGUGCAGAGUCGGGCUCGGGCAGGGAGCCAUUGUCCUCACUUCGGAGACUGGGCAGCGAGGCCCCGGGAGUAGUCGGUCCAGGAGGUGGACACGGCCUUGUGGACAGUCCAGUCAUGGCCAGUCCCGAGGGGAUGGCUCAGGGCAUCCCUGCGGCGUCCUGGAUGUUGUCACCAUGGUGACCCCACCAAAUGGGGCAGAGGACACCCAGGAGGAUGGGCAACGGGUGGGUGGAGAUCCUGGCUCCCCUGAGGGGGAGAGAGGAGUGUGCACCGUGUGUGCAGUCUCUCCCGAGGUUGGUUUGGGAGUCAGCACCGCUGGGGCCUGGCUGGGGGGUACACAGGGUCCACGCCAACACCCUCCCCCAACAGGUCCCCCCAAUUCUGUUUCCCAGGACACCAAGCAGGACCACGAGCCCCCCUACGAGGUGUCAGUGCAGGAGGAGGUGACCGCCCGCCUGCACUUCGUCAAGUUUGAGAACACCUACAUCGAGGCCUGCCUGGACUUCAUCAAGGACCACCUGGUCAACACGGAGACCACCGUCAUCCAGGCCACGGGGGGCGGUGCCUACAAGUUCAAGGACCUCAUCGAGGAGAAGCUGCGGCUCAAAGUCUCCAAGGAGGACGUACAAGCUCAGUCACCCGCAAUGACCUGCCUCAUAAAGGGCUGCAACUUUGUGCUGAAGAACAUCCCACAGGAGGCGUUUGUGUGCCAGAAGGGCUCCGACCCCGAGUUCCGCUUCCAGACCAGUCACCCCGACAUCUUCCCGUACCUCCUGGUCAGCAUCGGCGCCGGCGUCUCCAUCGUGAAGGUGGAGACUGAGGAUGCGUUCGAGUGGGUCGGCGGCAGCUCCAUUGGUGGCGGAACCUUCUGGGGACUUGGGGCCCUGCUGACCAAAACCAAGAAGUUUGAUGAGCUGCUGCAGCUGGCCUCCCGGGGCCAGCACACCACUGUGGACAUGCUGGUGCAGGACAUCUACGGCGGCGCCCACCACACGCUCGGGCUGGGCGGCAACCUCAUCGCCAGCAGCUUCGGAAAGUCCGCCACGGCCGACACAGAGUUCUCCAAAGAGGACAUGGCCAAGAGCCUGCUGCACAUGAUCAGCAACGACAUCGGGCAGCUCGCCUGCCUCUACGCCAGGCUCCACCACCUGGACAGAGUCUACUUCGGGGGCUUCUUCAUCCGGGGCCACCCCGUCACCAUGCGCACCAUCACCUACAGCAUCAACUUCUUCUCCAAGGGAGAAGUCCAGGCUCUGUUCCUGAGGCACGAAGGCUACCUGGGGGCCAUCGGAGCAUUCCUGAAAGGAGCCGAGCAAGACAAUCCCAACCAGUAUAGCUGGGGAGAAAACUACGCGGGCAGCUCCGGCCUGAUGAGCCCGGCCCCCGAGCUCUGCCCGGUGCAGAGGGCAAGGAGCGGCACGUUUGACUUGCUGGAGAUGGACCGGCUGGAGCGGCCGCUGGUGAACCUGCCCCUCCUCCUGGACCCCACCUCCUACGUCCCCGACACCGUGGACCUGACUGACGACGCCCUGGCCCGCAAGUACUGGCUGACGUGCUUCGAGGAGGCGCUCGACGGGGUCGUGAAGCGCGCCGUGGCCAGCCAGCCGGAUGCGGCCGACGCCGCCGAGCGAGCAGAGAAGUUCCGCCAGAAGUACUGGAGCAAGCUGCAGACGCUGAGGCAGCAGCCCUUCGCCUACGGGACCCUGACGGUGCGCAGCCUGCUGGACACCCGGGAGCACUGCCUCAACGAGUUCAGCUUCCCGGACCCCUACUCCAAAGUCAAGCAGAAGGAGAACGGCGCGGCGCUGAAGUGUUUCCAGAGCGUUGUCCGCUCCCUGGACUCACUGCGCUGGGAGGACAGGCAGCUGGCCCUGGUGACAGGGCUCCUAGCGGGCAAUGUCUUCGACUGGGGGGCGAAAGCCGUCUCCGACGUUCUAGAAUCGGAUCCCCAGUUUGGAUUUGAGGAAGCUAAGGGGAAAUUACAAGAGCGCCCCUGGCUCGUGGACUCCUACAACGAGUGGCUUCAGAGGCUGAAGGGCCCCCCUCAUAAAUGUGCCUUAAUUUUCGCAGAUAACAGUGGAAUAGACGUCAUUUUGGGAGUCUUCCCCUUUGUCAGGGAGCUACUCUUUAGAGGGACUGAGGUGAUCCUGGCGUGCAACUCGGGCCCCGCCCUGAAUGACGUGACCCACAGCGAGUCCCUCAUCGUGGCAGAGCGCAUCGCGGCCAUGGACCCCCUCGUCCACUCUGCGCUCCGAGAAGGGCGUCUGCUGCUGGUGCAGACAGGCUCCAGCUCCCCAUGCCUGGACCUCAGCCGCCUGGACCAGGGGCUGGCCGAGCUGGUGCGGGAGCGCGGCACUGACCUGGUGGUCAUCGAGGGCAUGGGCCGCGCCGUCCACACCAACUACCACGCCGCGCUGCGCUGCGAGAGCCUCAAGCUGGCCGUCGUCAAGAACCCCUGGCUGGCCGACCGGCUCGGCGGCCGCCUCUUCAGCGUCAUCUUCAAGUACGAGGUCCCGGCCGAGUGACGGCGCCGGCCACCCCAGGCCCCAGGGACAGCUGCUCGGCCCCCCGAGCCCGGGUCUCCGUCGUUCCGUCGUGCUCCUGCGCCCCCGGGUGCCCGCGUCGCCCUCAGAAGCAGAGGCCCCUGCUUGCCGGCCGCCAUGCUGUGGGGACGCGGCCCUCACCCCGCACAGCGCUCGUGCUGGCGUGUGCCUGGCUGCUGAAUGGCCUUUUAUAUAUAUAUAUAUAUAUAUAUAAAAAUACGUGCGUUUAUGUCCUCAACGGAGGACACCUGCAGCUCGGGGUUCAACACCAAAUAGAGUUUUUUCGGAGGGUAGCACCA